GCCGCCAAAUUAACCUCUUCACCACUCCUCCUCUUCCUCAUUCUCUAUAUGUCAUCAACCUUCUAUAUAAGUCUAUCACCUCCUUCUCUUCCUCUUAUUGAGAAUUACCACCUGACUGAGACCUGAACUGCUGACUGAACCUGAACUGAAAUCGUGAACGGAGGAAGCAGCAACAGCAGAAGCGAAAGUUAAUUGCGCUCAAACCCACCUAUAAAUACCUAUCUACCCCUGAACUGCUGAACCUGAACGUCUUAUCUUUCUCCUCCUCUCGUUAUCAUCUCGAUCCCCGCGACCAGCUGGAAACAAAUGUCAAACAGCAAGUUCGUUGUUCGCGAUCUCACUUGGUGUUGUCCGGGGCCGAACCAGCACGCUCGGGCUGGCGGCGACGGCUUCUCGUACGAUCGACAUUCAAUCCAGGAUUUAUCGGAGGAUAUCUUGCUCAAGAUAUUUUCCUAUUGUCACCCCUACACCAUCACACAGUGUAUUAAGGUUUGCCAGCGGUGGGAUUCUCUAGCAAAAGAAACCCUUCUAAACACGAACUGGACAGACUUUGGCGAUGAGGAGUCCGCUUUCCGCUGGCUACCUAAAUAUGAAAUAGAGCGACUGAUCCAAAAAAUCGCCCCGAUACCUCGCAGCCUCCUUUAUGCAUUUCUCAGCAUUGAGGCGAAACUCUUCAAGGGGCAAUACACGCAAUUCAGUCGCUUCGAAGAGCUUGUUUGCGAUCAGACCUGGACUUCGCAGAAACCAACGAAGGAUGUUUGGACUGGCAACGCAUACAGGAGUGGCAGCUCGAUCGAACACUUAUCGGACAAGGUUUUGCUCGAUAUAUUUAGUUAUUGCGACUCCUACAAUAUCACUCGCUUCACUAUGGUCAACCGGCGCUGGAAUCGACUAGGGAAAGCAGCGCUGGAAGCGAACUGGGAAUACUUUUGUGAAAAAAAGCCUUGUUUUGCCCGCGUCUCCAACGAGAAAUUCAACCGAGUGAUCGCCAGUAUCGCACCAGUUGUGCGCCGACUCGAUCUUUCAACUAUGCUUGAACAACACCACUUGAGGGGGCCAUUGCAGCAAUUUAGUCGCCUCGAGGAGCUGACUCUCGAUGAAUACUCGUUGCGCGACUAUGAAGGAGUUAUCCAAAUUGUCAGUUCCAGCCAAUUAACUCUUCGAUCCUUGACUCUCGAAUCCAUUAGCGGCCAGACACGACGCUACGAGACUAGCACCUGGGAUGACUUUGAAAAUAGUAUGCUCCUUCUUCAAGCGCCAAAGGAGCUGCGCAGAUUGCGCGUACCGAGCUGGAUCGACUAUUAUAGCGAAAAUCUGAUCUACGAGUCAAUCCACCCGCGCAUGGAGACGCUCGAAUAUCUCGGACUGCAUGGCUCUACGUUCGGACCAAACGAUGUUGCUGAGAUCUUUUUAGGUAGGUCUGACAGCCGAACGCUCUCGCCACUUAAACUGGAAAGGCUGGAUAUGUCACUCUGCAAGUCAGCUUUUAAUGACCCAGGAGCAUUGGAUGAUAUCGGAGCACGCGCGAAAAACCUAAAGUAUCUAGAUCUUUCGGAUAUCGGUGAUGACUUACAGGGCACUGACCGACUGGCAUCCUUCUUCUUGUCGACUCCGAAACUUGAAACGAUAAUUGCCAAGAACAUGGCAGGGUUAACCGACGAGGGCCUGCAGUGUCUUGCGCGCUCGUGCAGAUUUUUGAGAGAACUGAAUGUUGAAGGCAACACCGAGCUGACUACGAUGGGACUCAGUCAGUUCAUCAGAUUGGCGCCGGACAGUCUUGAGAAGUUAGAUCUUCGAAAGGUGCAAGCCGUCACAGACUCUGUCGUCUUGGAAAUUCUCGAUUUGUCUCGAAGAAAGUCAUGGAAGCUGUUCAAAAAAGAUCCCAAGAAUUUCAUGUCUCGGUGCAAUUUUGAACUCGCUAUAGACGGCUGUGACAAUGUUACUGAAGUCGCCUUUGUGUUCUACGCCUUACGGAUGUUUGAAUAUUACCCAGUGCGGCCGGAUGAGGCAGACUCUGGCUCACAUCCGCUGACGUCGCUGCCACAGAUCAGUAAAUUCACAAGGUUUCUGUCGAGAGACAUUCAGGAUCCUAGUCAGUUGACGAGCGUAGUCGAGUCGUGCUAUCCUAUAAUGACCUCACGAUUUUGUGAGUGUCACACAGCUCUUAGCUUUGAGGAGCAUAGAGCCAUGCGGAGGAAUAUAGCUCUCAAGAUGAGGAAUAUUUUAGAGGGCGAUGAAAGUUAUCGGGAACGGUACUUCUCACUAGAGAUGAAACUGCGGUGUUUGUUUUGGGAGUACUUGGACGCGCUUACGACAAUCAAGGACGCGCGGUUCGUUAUCCGUGGAUUUAGAUUGACUGCGUAUAAGGCUUUUAGCCCCGAGAAGGUAGAGAUCGAGUUGCAUAGGUUUGGUAUCAAGUUGGAUAAGUUUGCUACCAAGUUUGGUCUUCUCGAGAAGAAACAGGAGGAAGCUGACCUUUAG